AAAAAUUAAAAAACACAUUUUAAGUUUUUGUUAAUUUUUCUUAUUUUUGGAAAAAAAAAACUUAAUUAAAAAACAACAAAAGCAGAAAUCAAUCAAUUCCACCAACACCACCACCCAAUACUUGGAAUAAAUUUUCAUUUCAUUUUUGGUUACAACCACCACCAUUGCAAGCAACAACACCAACACGAUUUUGACAUUACCACCAAGGAGAGAAAAUUGUGUGUUACGCUCUCUCUCCAUCUCUCGCACUUUGCAGAUAUCUGCAUUUUUGUUGUUGCCAAAAAUUGUUUUUUAAAGUGCGUUGCCGUCGUCUGCCUGCCUGGCGUAAAGUUUUGUGAACUUUUUUCUGUGUGUUUCAAAACAAUUUCAUCUCAACUCCAUAAAAUAGGCAGAAAAUAACAGCAAAAGAACGAAGAAACUAUGAGGAUGAUGAUGAUGUUGCAUGCUUUGAUAAUUUCAUUUCGUUUAAAUCCGAUUUUAUUUUAAACGAUGGAUCGUCAUGCUUUAAAAUUUUAUUCAAGAAGAUCAACAACGGCAACAAGAGAAAGUGAAAAUUCGAUAGCGACAUCAAAUACCACAUAUUUGCCAACGCAACCCCUCAAGGAUAAUUCCAAUAUACGAAUAAUUAAAGUCAAUGCCGAACAAGCGCACUUAGUGGAACAAAAACAACAGCAACAACAACAAUUGCAGCACCAACAAUCGACUUCAUCCCCUAGUACUGCGAAUAACAACAACCACAACCACUUGACAAACUCAAAAGUCGUUGGUACUGCAUCAACCACCACCCUCAACAGCCAAGCAACGAAAACAAAUAACGCUGGCGAACGCCCUCUCAAGUGUUUAGAGACUUUGGCCCAAAAGGCUGGCAUUACAUUUGACGAAAAAUACGAUUUUGCCACGCCAACAAAUACAACACCCCCACCACCACCACAACACCAACAAACACAACAGCUUCAGCAUCAAACACCCACUGGCCAGAUCCAACCACAACUGCAAAAUAAUCUCAAACAAACACAAUUAGCUAAUCUAAGGGCAGCAUCAUCCGCCUCCACCUCCACCUCCUCCUCAUCUGUCGCCUCUACUCCCACCACCAAUACCUACACCCAUACAUCCAUUUCGAUUGUUGGCAACGGCAGUGUCGGCGGUGCCAAUAUAAAAAGCUUCAAACUGGAGAAAUCACAGAGUCCAGCCCAACAAGUGGCACCCGGUACGGUGCCACUACAGCUAUCACCCGAGCAACUACAGCAACUGCAACAAUUCCAUCAGCUACAACAUGGCUCACCAUUUGCAGCCAUUCAAGUCAAACAGGAAUUUCCCACCCAGCAACAUACCCUGUCGGCUGCGGGCGGCACAACCACGGAACUUAAACACACCAGCAUGUUGGAUGCCGCCACCCAGGGUCAGCUGCAACAGAUGCAAAUGCAGUUAGCUGCCGCUGCGGCAGCCGAUGCAAAUGGUGGAGCUGGACCCAAUAGUCCGGCCAAUCAACAACCUACCAACAAUGGCUUACAGCCCCAACACUCCACCACCAUCAGUACCAUGUCACCCAUGCAAUUGGCCACAACAACGGGCCAGGUGGCCACAGCCAAUGAUUGGACCCAGGGACGUACUGUACAAUUUAUGCAGCCAUCCACAGGAUUUCUGUACCCCCACAUGGUAUUGCCUAGUAAUCUGAUACAAUCGGGUCUGGGACAACAGCCAAUACAAGUCAUUACGGCCGGCAAGCCAUUUCAAGGUGGACCAACACAAAUGAUUACCACCACCCAGAAUGCCAAGCAAAUGUCCAUUGGGGGCAAUGCCGGCUUUCCAAGUGGCACCACCUAUGCCAUACCAUCCAGUCAGUCACAGCAAACGUUACUAUUCUCCCCCGUAAACGUAAUCUCCCAGUCACCGCAACAGCAAAAUAUCCUGCAAGCCAUGGCCCAGCAACAGCAACAGGCCCAGCAGCAGCAGGCUCAACAGCAGGCGCAACAGCAGCAACAGAAGGCUGCCGUAGAUGGCCAAAAGGGUCUGCAACAGAAGGUGGUGCAAAAAGUCACAACCACCACAAAUACCGUUCAGUCGGCCACAGCGGCCGCCAAUGUUGCCCAGCAACAACAGCAGCAGCAGGCCCAGCAGCAAUGUGUUCAGGUGAAUGCCCAAACAGCGGCCGGCAUGGCUGGUGGGGCAACACAAAUCAUAAGUCCACUACAGCAGGCAACCGGGGCUCCCCAGCCGCUGCAAAUUAACGCCCCCUGGGUACCCUUCUGGUCAAAUGGUCUGCAGCAAUUGGCUCAAAAUCAGAUAAUUAUACGAGGUACUCAGCCGGAUGGAACACAGGGUGUUUUCAUACAACAACCAACGGGUCCCACACUGCAGGCUCAACAACAAAAUCAGAUAACCCUACAAUGUACCCAGACCCCAACGAAGCAGCGCACCCAGCUGGAUCAGCUACAGGCUGCAGCGGCCGCCAAACAACAACAGGCCACUGGUCAGGUGGCCAAUGCAGCGGCAGCAGCAGCGGCCCAGCUACAGGUCAAUCAGCAACAACAGCAGCAACAGGUUGCCACCGCUGCAGUGCAACAACAACAGCAGCAGCAGGCUGUUGUGGCAGCCCAUUUGCAACAGCAAGCCGCUGCCGUUGUGACUGCCGCCGCCAAUCAACGUGGCACCACACAAAUUAUGCCACAGGCGGGUGGUGCUCAAAUACGUCCAGCCUCCUCGGUUUCCACACAAACGGCCCAGAAUCAAAGUUUGCUCAAACAAAAGAUGCGUACCAAACAACAGGCCGUGCGGCCGGCAUUGCCGCAACUGAAACAGGAACCCAACACCGUGCAACAAGUCCAGCAACAGCAGGUGGUAAAGGCACAGGCAGCCACCGUGGCUAGUCUCCAGCAACAGAUGACAGCCGCGGUGGCGGCGGCAGGUCAGCAGCAAGGCCAGCCGACAAUGCAUCAGGUGGUGACGUCGGGUGGAAAACAAAUGGUGGUAAUGAGUGCUGGCACACCGAUCACCAUACAAAAUGGCCAGACUCUGCAACAGGCCGUGGAUAAGCAGCAGCAACAACAACAGCAGCAGCAACAAUUGCAGUUGCAGCAAAUACAGAAACAACAGCAGCAACAGCAACAACUGCAACAGCAGUUGCAACAACAAUUUAUACAACAACAAAUUGCUCAAAUACAACAGCAGCAGGCCGCCGCUGCAGUACAACAGCAGCAGCAACAACAGCAAUUGCAACAACAGGCGGCGGUCCAAGCCGCACAGCAGCAGCAACAACAACAACAGCAGCAGGUGGGUCAAGCCCAGCAGCAGCAACAACAGCCACAAAUCCAACUGCAAGUUGGUGGUCAGACCUUCAUAACCACACAGCAACAACAACAACAGUUGCAAAAUCAAAUUCUGCAACAACAACAACAGCUGCAGCAGCAGCAACAACAACAGCGCGAUGGCCAGCAGCAGCUAGGCCAAAAUAUAAUCCAUCAAAUUGUGGUUGCCCAAUCGCCGCAACAACAGCAGCAGCAGGCCCAGCAGCAACAGCAACAACAACAGUUGCAGCAACAAAUCACAGCAGCAACUGCUGUACCCUUCUCAGUGUCCUCGUCGACACCAGCCUCCAUUGCCAGCUCGGCAAGUGCGUUGCAGCAGGUAACCUAUCACACCAAGACCUCCAAUUCACUGCCCACCACAUCUGUGGUAACGAUUUCCAAUCAGACUGGUCCCUUGGUUACAAGUACCGUGGGUUUGAAUCAAACACAGCUGCAGCAACAGCAGCAAUUGAUAGCCGCCACCAUAGCUGCCUCGCAGCAACAACACCAACAACAACAGCAGCAGCAGCAAGCUCAACUGCAACAACAACAGCAGGCCCAACAGCAAAUGGUGGCAGUUGGCCAGCAGCAACAGCAACAGCAACAACAUGCUUCCCAACAACAGCAGCAUACAACUGUUAUGCCACCGCCAUCUUCUCCCGCUCAAAACCCCAUCUUAGCCAUGGCCUCCAUGAUGAAUGCCGCUGCUGGCGGCAAUCUGAGCAACGCCGCCUCCACUCUGGGCAAUGUAACAAAUGCCACAGUCCCGAUGACAUCGCCCCUAAACAAUGUUACAAGUGUGUCUUCCCUGCCUACCACACCCUCAAAGGGUGCAAUGGAUCAAUUGAAAACCGUUUCAAGUGCUCCCACUACACCAAGUACCACGGUGACGGCGGGCGUGAAUGCCCAGCAUAACGUUCAAAUGCUAUCGGCUCCCUCAACGCCAGUUGUUAGCUCCGAUGCCAGCCAGAAGGAUACUCCAUCAAAGGCGAGUGAUCAAAAUCGAAUGGCAGAUAAUGCCACACCCACAGGCACACUAAAUCAGAACAAUCAAACAAUGGCAACAGAAACAACAACAACAACCGCAAAUGGCAAUAGUAUGGCGGGAAAUAUGGGCCAAACAACAACCACCUCUAUAUCGGCCGUAACAGCCUCCAAUAAUGGUGGACAAGAUUCUACGGCAGUACCACAAUCAAUGGACACCACUGAAAACAACAGCAAUCAGCAAACAUCUGCGCCGUCCCAACAAGAAGAUAACUUGGAAAACAAACAGCAUCAGCAGCAGUCAAACGAUGUACAAUCCACAACCCAAUCAUUAAAUGAUAGCAGCAGUAUUGCAUCUCCCACAAAAACGCUUAGGACUGCCACUCAAACACCAAGCUCCUCGGACACCUCAACGCUCACGACAGCUAAAACAAAUGUUGUGUCUACAUCCCCCGAAGCAGGAGGAGGAGGAGAGUCUACAAACACUACCAUGACACCUGCUGUUGCCACAACAACAACAACAAGUUCAUGUGGCACGGCUAGUACGUCCAUAACAACAACUACCACAUCAUCCAAUAGCAGUAGUUCAACUACAACCUCAACGACCUAUACCAGCACCACAACAGCUGCAGCCACUGCCACCACACCCACCACCAAAUCCUCGGGUGUUUCACCGCCCAAAACCACACCUGGCGCCACAACGGCUAAGGUUGAAAAAGAUCUACCCAAGGCCAUGAUCAAACCGAAUGUCUUGACCCAUGUCAUCGAUGGCUUUAUAAUACAGGAAGCCAAUGAACCGUUCCCGGUUUCGCGUAAACGUUACACCGACAAGGAUGAUAGCGACGAAUUGCCACAGAAAAAACAAGCCCUCGAGGACUCGUCAUCGAAUAACACGAACAACAACAAUAAUUCGCUCUCUUCGAGUCCUCUGCCACCGGAUAUGGUGGCUUGUGAACAAUGCGGUAAACCUGAACAUAAAACAAAACUGAAAAAGAAACGUUACUGUUCACCGACAUGUGCCCGACAGGCAAAGGCCUCCAUUGGACAAGAGCAGCCCAAUCAAAAUCUACAACAACAACAACACCAACAAAGUGAUAAUGGUCUUGGCAUGGCUGGAGCAGCAGGAUCAAUGCCUCUCGGCACAGUCAAUGAUACGGCAUCCAAUCCCAACAACAACAACAAUGGCAUACCAAUGGAUAUAAGUCAUGCAAUGGCGACACCCAUGAUUCCAGUUAAUGUCGGCAUGGUCGAUACACCGCUGGUGGCAGCAAUGCCUAUGGUCCCGGCCCCCACAUUAGCCCCAGCGCCCCUACAAAUGCCAAUGGCUGCUCCACUCAUGAACGAUGUUGGAUCAGCUUCAGCUGCUGCUCAAAUUGCCGCUGCCAUACCCACAGCUGCGGCGGCCACCAUGAAUGCAAUACCAUCGGCUGCUGCGGUACAGCCAGCUGUGGAUCAACAGCCUCAGAUGGCCAAUUGGACGGUGGCCGAUGUUUGUGAAUUCAUAAGGAAUCUGCCGGGAUGUACAGACUAUGUGGAUGAUUUUGAACAGCAGGAAAUCGAUGGUCAGGCGCUGCUGCUGCUCAAAGAAAGUCAUUUGGUCAAUGCCAUGGGUAUGAAAUUGGGACCGGCUCUCAAGAUAGUGGCCAAGGUGGAAUCCAUGAAAGAGGUGUCGGCGGCGGCCAUGAAUGCUGCCAACAAUGCUGCAGCAGCGGCUGCGAACAAUAACAUGGAUAUGCAAUAGAAAAAUUAAAUAAAAUUGGUGUAAAUAAACAGAAAUAAAUGGAAUCGCAAGCUGUGGCUACCCAUGCUUCCCUGGCUCCAAGUUUUAAGUCCACAUAAAUUGACUGUAUUAUAUAUAUGGGCUUGCUGUUGGAAUUAUUUGCUUCGGACGAACCAAAAAGCCUGCUGCAGAAAAUGAAGAAUUUGCAAGAUAAGCUAUACAUGGUGUACGCAGACGAUGUCCUUUUUAGGCCCUCCUGUACAUACAUAUAUAAAACAAUUAAUUGCUAAGAAUUUACUAAUCUAAACAAUUUGGAUAAUAUAUUUCUAUUUUAAAUUUAAAUCUUACAUUUAAAAAACAAAAAGAAAAUGCAAAACAAGAACAACAAACUUAAUCUUAAUUAUGUAAAGAAAUUUAGUUUUUUUAACAAUUUUACUCUGUGAAACAAAUCAUCAUUGCUUCCUCUUCUAUUAAUUAUGUUUUUCUUUUGCCACUCGCAAGAACCCCUUAAGAGUUGUCACCCUUACUUAUUAUUAUGGUAUUGUAUUUAUUUCCAACUUAACCCUUUUUAACCUUAGGUUAUCUUUAAGAUAUCAUUAGAAUUAUAUUACACAAUCUAUCGGCAGAUUGUUUCUAAUCUCCCUAUUCCACUGUUAU